AAGUGAGCUCCCAAGACGUAUAAAUAAGGCAGAUUUCUUUCGUCUGCAUCACUUGCUGUUAUCUCUUUUGUUUGUACAGACAUGGCUCUGAAGGCAAUCCUCGUGGCUGCUUUAGCAGUCACUUCUGUCCUUGCUGAUGCUCCACCUUCUUAUCGAGCUCCUGCUCCUGCAUACGGAGCACCCUCUCCUUCUUAUAAUGCUCCAGCUCCUGCCUACAGACCACCUUCACCAUCCUAUAAUGCUCCAGCUCCAGCGGGUCCAGCUCGGUACGACUUCAACUACGCCGUGAAGGACGACUACUCAGGAAACGACUUCGGACACCAGGAGGCUCGAGAUGGCUACGACACCAAGGGAACCUAUUACGUGCAGCUACCCGACGGACGUCUGCAGAAGGUCAUUUACUACGUCAACGGCGACUCUGGGUAUGUGGCCGAAGUCUCCUACCAAGGAGAGGCUCAGUACCCUCAGUACCAGUCCUCCGGAGGGUACAAUCCCGCACCUAAGCCUGGGUACGCCUAAGGGAAAUGAUCAAUCUGAUUCGAUUUAUCCCUUUUUUUAUGUUAAAGAAUAUUGAUAUAUAUUAAGGGCUCGUUGAUAAUUCUGUAAAUAGGUAUGCUGGCUUUUUAUGCAUGGGCUAUUUUUAUUUAUAUCCACAUGCAUAGCAACAAAUAAAAAA